AUGCACCACGAAUUCUCCAUCCUUAAUUUGCUGCAUUUCCUGGACGACUACUUGUGCGCGAGCGUGGGCCAGGCAGUGGCGAAUCGGCAGCUGGCCAUUCUUCUCCGUGCAUUCUCAUACCUCGGAGUCCCGCUCGCGCCUGCUAAGGUGGAAGGCCCGUCUCGAACCCUGACAUUCCUGGGCAUUAUCCUGGAUUGUGAGAAGAUGGAAGCCCGGCUCCCGGACGACAAAUUGGCUGACAUCAAGCGCCUGUUGACUGCAGCGGGCAUCAACCCCACCCUGUCUCAGCGCGAACUCGAAUCUCUUCUGGGGAGCUCUCCUUCGCUGCAAGAGUCAUCUCGCUACCAGCAGCCUCACUACCGCAUCAGUCUGACUACCGAGUGCCAGGAAGAUAUCCAAUGGUGGCUACGGCUCCUGGAACAAUGGAACGGAAAGUCAUUCUUCCUGUUCCCAGAUUGGACACCAUCUCCAGACUUGGAGCUGUUCACUGAUGCCAGUGGCACCCUGGGCUGGGGCGCAUUCAACAGCGGCCGCUGGCUUCAAGGGACCUGGUCUCCUGAGCAACUCGCUCACAGCAUUGAGUGGAAGGAGCUCUACGCGUUGGUCACAGCGUACUGCACAUGGGGCAAGGAAUGGCGCCAGCUUCGUAUCACAAUGCACUGUGACAACAAAGCUGUGGUAGAUUGCAUCCGCUCCGGCACAUCCAAGUCACCGCCAGUGAUGACCCUGAUCAGGGGGCUGUUCUUUGUGUGCGCCCGCUUCAAUUUCAACGUCACUGCUGCUCACAUUGCUGGCCAGUCUAACUGCAUUGCCGAUUCGCUGUCUUGUUUCCGCAUGGAGGAAUUCCGGCGUCUCGCCCCAGCUGCUCAAGCACAACCAGAAGAAGCAGUGCUGCCAUUCCAGUCGAUGUAA